CGAGCACAGCGGAUCUGCACAGAGGGCGAGAGCGGAGCUGGGAGCGGACCGUGCGCUGCCCUCAGAGCUCCCUUUGGCGUCCAGGGGCGCGGAUACUGAUCGUGGGGCCCUCGGACCGGCCUGAGCUCGGGGCGCCGGGCUCAGGACCAUGGCGCUGCGCGCCCGAGCGCUCUAUGACUUUAAGUCCGAGAACCCUGGUGAAAUCUCCCUACGGGAGCACGAGGUUCUGAGCUUGUGCAGCGAGCAGGACAUCGAGGGCUGGCUCGAAGGGAUCAACAGCCGCGGCGACCGCGGUCUCUUCCUGGCAUCCUACGUCCAGGUGAUCCGUGCGUCCGAGCCUGGCCCUCCGGUCGACGGCGGUCCGGGAGCUCCGGCCCGCUACGCCAACGUGCCGCCCGGCGGCUUCGAGCCUCUGCCCGCCGCGCCGCCCGCCGCCUUCCAGCCGCUGCUACAGCCGCAGGCGUCGCCGGGUUCCUUCCAGGCGCCCGGCGCCGGCUUUCCCUACGGCGGGGGCGCCCUGCAGCCGUCGCCCCAGCAGCUCUACGGUGGUUAUCAGGCCAGCCUGGGCAGCGACGAUGACUGGGACGACGAGUGGGACGACAGCUCCACGGUGGCCGACGAGCCAGGCGCGCUGGGCAGCGGUGCGUACCCGGACCUCGACGGCUCGUCGUCGGCGGGCGGCGGCGCGGCCGGCCGCUACCGCCUGUCCACACGCUCGGACCUGUCGCUGGGCUCACGCGGCGUCUCGGCGCCCCCGCCACAUCAAGCGUCUGGAGCCAAGAGCUCGGCCACGGUGAGCCGCAACCUCAAUCGCUUCUCCACCUUCGUCAAGUCGGGUGGGGAGGCCUUCGUGCUGGGAGAGGCGUCAGGUUUCGUGAAGGAUGGGGACAAGCUGUGCGUGGUGCUGGGUCCCUACGGCCCCGAGUGGCAGGAGAACCCCUACCCCUUCCAGUGCACCAUCGACGACCCUACCAAGCAGACCAAGUUCAAGGGCAUGAAAAGCUACAUCUCUUACAAGCUGGUGCCCACGCAUACCCAGGUGCCCGUGCACAGGCGCUAUAAGCACUUCGACUGGCUGUAUGCUCGCCUGGCUGAGAAAUUCCCGGUCAUCUCGGUGCCCCAUCUGCCCGAGAAGCAGGCCACCGGGCGCUUCGAGGAGGACUUCAUCUCCAAGCGCAGGAAGGGUCUGAUCUGGUGGAUGAACCACAUGGCCAGCCACCCCGUGCUGGCGCAGUGCGACGUCUUCCAGCAUUUCCUGACCUGCCCCAGCAGUACUGACGAGAAAGCCUGGAAACAGGGUAAGCGGAAGGCAGAGAAGGAUGAGAUGGUAGGCGCCAACUUCUUCCUCACUCUGAGCACACCACCUGCCGCUGCCCAGGACCUGCAGGAGGUGGAGAGCAAGAUCGAUGGCUUCAAAUGCUUCACCAAGAAGAUGGAUGACAGCGCGUUGCAGCUCAACCACACUGCCAACGAGUUUGCGCGCAAGCAGGUGACUGGCUUCAAGAAGGAGUAUCAGAAGGUGGGCCAGUCCUUCUGGGGCCUUAGUCAAGCCUUUGAGCUGGAUCAGCAGGCCUUCUCCGUGGGUCUGAAUCAGGCCAUUGCCUUCACUGGAGACGCCUAUGAUGCCAUCGGUGAACUCUUCGCUGAGCAGCCCAGGCAGGACCUGGACCCAGUCAUGGACCUGUUAGCACUGUAUCAGGGGCACCUGGCCAACUUCCCAGACAUCAUCCAUGUUCAGAAAGGAGCUCUUACCAAAGUCAAGGAGAGUAGGCGACACGUGGAAGAAGGGAAGAUGGAGGUCCAGAAA